CAAAGCUUGACUCAGACCCUCAGCAUACCCGUCAGGGCUCGCAGCCGCCCUCUCUGAGGCGGGAGCGCUCUCAGCGAACGUGGCGGCGGCCCCACCCCUCCGCAGUGACGGGGACGUCCAGCGCAGCUAUGGCGGCGCCCAGCGCCGUGUGGCUCGGCGGGGACCCGGUGGAGUGGGUGCUGUGCCCCUACGACGUCCAUCACCGUGUUCCCCGCGCGUCCCUGGAGAGGCACGCGGCGUCCUGCCGGCUCCGCAGGAUGGGAUACUCCGCCAAGGAGGAGGCCGAGAUGUAUGACUCCAGCUUUUUCUACGAAAACCUGAAGGUUCCUACUGUCACCAUGGAUAAAGAUCUACAGUUUCAUAUUGUUAAGCAGGCUAGAGCCCAAAGUGCAAAGGAAGGUGCAGGCUACAGCGAAGGAUCUUAUUCAUUACUGCCUGUAGAAGUUCCUCAAAACCACAAGCAUUUCAUCUGUGACCUGACCCAAGCUGACCGUCUUGCUCUUUACGAUUACGUUGUUGAGGAAACAAAGAAACAGAGGUCUAGAUCCCAGAUAAUGGAAAAUGAUAGUGAUCUCUUCGUGGAUUUAGCAGCAAAAAUCACCCAAGAUGAUAGUCAGAAAGGUCCGAAGUCCCAUCUUGAAAUUUUGGCUGAAAUGCGAGAUUACAAAAGGCGGCGGCAGUCAUACAGAGCUAAGAAUGUUCAUAUAACAAAGAAGUCCUACACUGAGGUGAUUCGGGAUGUGAUUGGUGUGCAUAUGGAAGAACUCGGCAAUCAGUGGCAAGAGAACAGGUUGCAUAAUGCAGAGAUAUGUGAAGGAGAGAAGUUGAAGUCCUCAGGAAGGGAAGACAGGCGGUCAGCUUCAGUGGACUCACGGCAGUCUGGGGGAAGCAGUAGGGAUACGGAGUGCACGAGACACAGGAGAGACACCAGCAGGAGUCCAAGUAAACGAAGAAGGAGUCGUGAGAGAGGCAAAGACAGAGAUUCUUGGAGAAAAAGAGAGAGGACCACAGGUGUGUGGGACCUGUGUUUGAGCAGACAUGAGGACUCUUGGGCAGAAGAAAUGCUGCCUUGCCCUUCAUGUUUGGGGAUGAAGACAAAUAUCACAACCAUAAAAGAAGAAAGUAGAAACAAUAACCUGAUUAUUUUGUUCAUCAGCUGUUCAAAACAUAACUUCCACAAGAACUAUUAUUACUGUUGUUUUGCUCAAGACAGUAAAGUUGCCCACAUAAUAUUGGUGUUGCUUAACACCUGUGCUGCUUUGGAGACAAAAAAGUGCUAAGGUUUGUGAGGAUGGAAGCAGUAUAUUUUAGAAAAUGUGUAAAUCUGUAACAUUUAUACAUCUGCUAAUAAAUUAUAUUGAUAUCAUGUA